UGUGGGAAAAUACAGCCAAUCAGGUUGGCCAGGCGUGGUCUGCUACAGUCAGUAUAUCACAAUAGAGGAUCCCGUUACUUUGCAGAUUAAUAUGACCACCAAUAUCGAUUUUGAUUACGAUAGGACGUUGUUACAACCGAGAUUUUAAACGUAGCUCAAAGUUAGAAGUGGCCUGUUAGAAAUUGAGGGGCGUUUUUUAGCUGAUCAUCAUGUAUACGAUGCCUGAAAGCUCUGAAUGCGCUGGAGACAUAUUCGACUGCAUACAGAGAGGGAAUAUUGAGCAGUGUGUAGAAUUGAUUCAAAAUGAUCGAUCAAUUCUCAAGGAAAAAGGCUGGGGUGGUUUCACUCCUCUCCACUCUGCUGCCCUCCAUGGAAACCGCUCCCUGGUUGAAAGCUUGCUAAGUAACGGUGCUGACCCUAACCUAGUAUCCGAAGCGGGACAGACCUCAUUUCACUUUGCCUGCAGGCAGGGAAACAUCUACAUCAUGCACCAGAUGAUGCAACACGGGGCAGAUCUGAGGCUGGUGGACCUGCAGGGGAAAACAUCUCUGCACCAUGCGGUGCUGGGAGGCAGCAUUGUAGCCAUGCAUUACCUGUGGGAGACAGGAAUGUUCCGGUACUCUGACUCAGACAUGUAUCAUCUCACAUCGCUGCACAUGGCAGCCUCCACCAGCAACACCGAGGUGGUUCGCUACCUGCUCCGACACCAGAGAUGUGCAGUGGAUGCUCUUGACCAGGAGGGGGCGACAGCGCUCCACGUGGCCGCAGACCACGGAGGCGUGGAGGUGUGUUGGACGCUGCUGCAGAGGACCGGCUACAGGAUGCUCCACUGGAAGAACCACCACGGCCUCACCCCGCUGGACCUCAGCAAGCUGGGGAAGACCUUUAGGCAUCAGCAACUCACAAAAUUACUGAGGCUGUAUAUUAAUGAGCCAAUGCACCACACGCCAAAGGAGUCCCACGUCCUGUACUAUUGGACGCUGCUCUACCCGACUCUGAGCGGCUCGGUGAUCCUCAUCCUCGCGGCCUUGGGGGGGGGCUACGGGGGGCUUCUCUGCGGCCUGCUGUUUCCCUGGCUGGCCAGUAGCAUCUUCACAUCGUUCCACCGCAUGACCACCUACCAAAGGUUACCGAACCCCAUCUACCUGGGCACGCUCUUCGCUGGCUUGUUCCACACCUUGCUCUGCUUCUAUGGGCAAAUCAUGCUCAGCAUGUGGUCCACCGGGCUCCUGGUGCAGUUCUCCAUGUUCCACUUCGCCCUGGUGCUGGGGCUGCUGUGUAAGAUCCUCACCCAGGACCCCGGGGCGCUGGGCCGGGCCGAGUCGGACCCCCGCUUCACCUGCAUCGCAGACCUGGUGGAGAAGAACGAGAAGCCCCAGAGGUUCUGCCCCUACUGCGAGAUCUUCCAGCCCGACCACAGUAAACACUGUAAGCUGUGUGACGUGUGCGUGGCCGACUACGACCACCACUGCCUCUUCCUCAACCGCUGCGUGGGCAGGGACAACCACCGCCUCUUCCUCGUCUUCCUGAUCUCCUUGGUGACCGCUCACCUCCUCUUCCUCGUCACGGCGACCAGCUACCUGAACGGCAAGAAGGCGGCCGGGUACCACGGCGCCACCUCGUCGUGGUCGUCGUGGCUACCGUUCUUAGGGGCGGAGUUCUGGGUGGCCACCCUGGCCGUCAUGAACGCGCUGACGUUGCUGUGGGAGGCGUGGCUGCUGAAGGAGCAGUUUGAGGCCGUGGUGGCGGGGACCACCACCUUCUUCCGACAGGACGAGGCGACGGGCCGGCGGCGGUCGCUCGGCCAGCGCUGGGCGGCCGUUCUCUCCUUCCUGCUGGAGGGGAGGGACGGCCUGGUGAGGAGGCAGGCCCCCACGGACCAGACGGCCCUCGUCAUUUAGGACCCGCCAAACCUCGUGGACGUCUGUGUCCUCACGAAAAAAAAAAAAAAAAGUCCUUUGUCUACACUGAAACAAAAAAAGGAUCUCAAGUCUGUUAUUAUUAGUAUGUAACAAAAAAAAUGUGACUGCCACCUUAAGUUGUUGUACUUGAAUGUGAACUGUUUACUGAUGAAAUUGCUCUGACUGUAUUUGAACGCACUACACUACUAGAGACCCUCGCGCGGUGAUGCCGUUAGGCUCAUCUCCACUCAGACCUCUGAACCCCUGAGAUUCUUGACUGUCACUGAAGCUGUGCACUACGGAGCUCUGGUGACCACAGAGGCUCCAAGCCACGCUUUAACAACACGCAUUGUCCUGUGAAGCUGGGACAUUUCUCGACUGUGUUUUAGCAGAAACAAAUAGGAUAUCAUGUCUCAGCACGUCUGUGGUUUUAUCUAACACACGUUUUACCUUUUAACGUCAGUAUUGCAGUUUUGAAUAAAAAGCCUGCCUUUAAAUGACGCAUGCCUGUGGUGUGACGUGUUCAGCCUGACCUUUAUGUUAGCGUUCUGCGUCCGGGAUUAGCAUAUCCAUUCACAUAACACAUGCAGCCGGCUUCAGCAAACUGCACUCCAAGAGGAAGGGCUUUCUUCCCGACUAGCAUAAUGCUAUUACCUCCCUGGCCGGCUCCCGCUCGUUUGCACCGGGCCACUUCCUCCACUCCCGCUAAUGGGCCUCCAGGUCUCUGCUUUCUUCAUUACACUCAUUUCCUUCAUGUCCCUCAGGAACACAUCUCUACAUUAUAGAUGAUGACGCACCCCGCUGCCCACUGGCUUGUUCUUUGUGUUGGACGUGAGUGGUGGAGAAGAUGGUGGCAUGCAUACACACACACACACACACACACACACACACACACACACACACACAUACUCAAUAUGUAUAGACACUUUUUUAUUGGAGAGAAUCUGCUUAUUUUCUCACCCUCUCACCCCGUGUUUAUACAUUGUUCAAAUGGAAGACAUUAACUGGUACCUGUAUUACCAAUUACCCAGGUAGAGGACUUAAGUUUAAACAUCAUUUGAAAUUGUUUCUAACUCAUUUACUGGCUGGCUUCCUCAGCCUACCACACCAAGAGGGGCGCUUUGAUCAGAGCCCGCUAAUGGCUCGUUAGGAGCCGCUCUAACAACCUAAUUGAAGGAAAAUACACAAUUCACACCACCACUGCUCAAUUAACAGAAUCGUAAGAACUGUGAGCUUCAGAAAUACCUAAAUGUACCUAAAAUGAACACAGCCUUGAAUUAUAGCUUAUUAACAUGCCAUCAAAGGGCCUGUUUUGAAGACAUACUGAACAUGAAACUACUUUGUCUAAAACAAUUCCAAAUACAGUUCAACAUCUUCAGGCAUAUCCAAAAGCAUUUAGGAACAUGAGCAAACGUUCUCCCCCCUGUAAUCGGUGUCAGCCCUUUAGAUUCCCUUUACUAAGCAUAAUGCAGAAGUCAGUUACAGGGUCAGGUGAAGGGGCUCAGUUUGAUGCAGUAUUGCUGCAUCAAAACAUUGAACAGGAAGUCUGCUCGAACUGUUCAGACACAUAAUAAUGAUUAAAUAAAGCACGCAUAACAUGCUUCUGAGCAUAACAUAUGGCUCUGUAUGAAGCCCUUUUGGGAUGAAACCUUUGAAUCUAAGGAGAGUAAAUCGAUGCAUCUAACAUUUUGAUUG